CACUGCUACUGACCAGUUGGUUGGGUAUGGCUUGGUUGCCUUCAGUCUUGUCCUCUUUGCUUACUAUACUGUCUGGAUUAUCAUUCUGAUGGUGACAGCAGUCACGAAAAUAAAAGACGCCUGCUUCUUGGGAGAAAAGCAAUGACAAACCUAGAUAGCAUCUUCAAAAGCAGAGACAUCACCUUGCCGACAAAGCCCUUCAUUGAAGUUGACCAUCUGAUUCACAAGUAUUUUUUGCCACGGGAGUAUUCAGUGAUCAUCCCUGUGGUUGCGGGGCUUGUGUUGCUGCUCUUCAUAGGAACGUUCAUAGCCACCAUCACAUGGAAGAACCGGAAGACUGGGAAGAAAUCGGCAUGAAGGUGGCGAGGAAAGAGGACACAGGAAAUCCCGCCGGCGCUUUUGACAGCAGCAACGUUUGUGGGUUUCCCCCCCCAAAUCCUUUUUAUUGAACAGCAACCCAUUUUCUGGGGCAGCCCAGCCCACAAUAACUAGCAGACGCCCAGCAGCAGAUGCUGGGAAGGGCAGAGGGACUUGGAUGCUACCCUCAUCAGCAAUGUCCCAGUCUGGGUAUGGACCAAAGGCACUCCAAGCGAGAGGCACCCCAAACAAUGCCAGCCUUUUGGAAUACAUAGAUCAGCGCCCCACUGUCCUCUAGGCUACCCCAGGAAAGAGCCUCAAUCUGAAGUGACUAGCAAGACGCUCUCCAGAUGUUGUCACACUCACCCCCGCCAUCCCAUAACAGUUGGCCAUCCCAUGGUUUUGACUCCACCCCACAGCGAAGGGCACCAGGUUCUCCAUCCCUUCUCAGGAAGGGAGGCCUCGUCCAAACAGAGGUCUUCCUCCAUCUCUCAAAUGAUGUAGGGCAGGCAUCCCCAAACUGCGGCCUCCAGAUGUUUUGGCCUACAACUCCCACGAUCCCUAUCUAAGAGGACCAGUGGUCGGGGAAGAUGGGAAUUGUAGUCCAAAACAUCUGGAGGGCCGAAGUUUGGGGGUGCCUGCUCUAGGGGAUGUCUUGGAGUACAGAUGUAGAACCUGUGGGCCUCCCAGAUGUUGUUAGGCUACAUCUCCUGCCAUCCCUGAACCAUUGGGGGCUGAUGGGAGCUAGAGUCGCAACAGUAUCUGCAAGGUGCCAUAUUGGCUACCUCUGGUUGCUCCGCAGUAGGGUGGGUCAUAAAAAAAUAAUAAUUCGAAAAUGUUUCCUCCCUUGACUGUAUCUCAGGCGUAUGGUAUCAACAUAGUCAAAUUUCAAAUUUGGGACAAAUCGGUUAAUAUUCAGACCCUGCUCCUACAGAUUGAAAUUUUGCCUCACUAUGAGUGAUAAAUAUGAUGUGUUAUUGGAGAGAAAAGACGUGACGCUACCAUCAAAACAACAAUGAACAAUCGCUCUAAAUUCCCCAAACAAGACCCACCCUAAUUAUCACCCACCCUAAUAAUUAACAUUCUCUGGCCAGCAAAUUAUACAGAAUUCGGUUAAAUAUUUAGACCCUGCUCCUCCAGAUUGAAAUUUGGCCUCACUACGAGUGAUAAAUAUGAUGUGUUAUUGGAGAGAAAAGACGUAAUGCUACCAUCAAAACAACAAUGAACAAUCGCUCUAAAUUCCCCAAACAAGAGACAAAGAAGGACUUUGCACCAAAAUAGACGUUUAGUGUAAUGCAUAAAAGCAUCUUUUUAGCAUGAUAUAAUACGGUGUACAUGUACAAUGUAUAUAUUGCAUAAGGCAUAAUUUUAUUAAUUACAGUACACAAAAUGUCAGCAUUUACAGUAGUACCAUUUCUACCAAGUAAUUAAGUCUAAUGUGAUGUUUUGACGCAACACAUAAUAUGAGUGGCGUUUUAUUGUUUAUGUUUACUUGUUUAGUACACCAUUUGCUUAAUUGUUCCAUAUCAUUUUUUUUCAAAACCAUUGGUUUUUCAUGUAAAUUAUCAACAUGUUUUCUCUUAAAUAAAUAAAUAUUGCAGAAAAUAAUAGUUUGUAACUAUUCUUUCUCUACAGAAAACCUAAAAUUUAUGUCGAUUAGUUCACAAUUUAACGUAUUGAGAAUUAAUUGAGUCAAAGUCCCAAAUAUUAAGCGAUUUCUCCCAAAUUUGAAAUUUGACUAUGUUUAUACCAUACACCUGAGAUAAGAUCAAGGGAGGAAACAUUUUCGAGGGGGGGGAAAUUAUGACCCACUCUACUCCGCAGCCCCUUUUUGUUGACACACUUUUUCCUCUUCCCUUGCCGCCUCCUCCCCCUCUCAAUGCCAUCUCCCUGCCGCCACCAAUCUCACUCCCCUUUCAACUCUUUGGACCAGGUUUUCCUUCGGUUCGGCCUCCCCUAGUGCAGUGCCCUGCCGUUGCUGUGGAUUACCACUCCCAGAAGCCCCGGGCAGUUCUGCUCCAUCCUGCAAGCCCCUUUGCUUGUCAAAAUGGCAAAAGAGGUCCUAGGAACACUUUCUUUUCUUUUCUUUUAAUUUUUUUAUUUAGAAAAUGUCUUUAUUGUUUUAAAAAAGUAUAAUUACAAACGUUUCAUACUUCAUACAUACACAAUUUCCCCAGACAUUGUGCAGCAAAGAAAACCCCCAUUGCAAAAACAAGAAGAAGCAAAAAGAAAAAUAAUAAAAAUGAAAAAUACAAAAAGAAAAGAAAAGAAUAAUACCAAACAGCUUUAAAAAAGAAAAAGAAGAAAAGAAAUGGUUCUUCCAAUUAUCCAGUCUAUAAUUCAUAUUAUUCCUAGAUUAUCGCACAUUCAAGAAUAUAUUAACUACUUAAUACUUUUUUCAUAUAUAAUAAAUCAGAUUCAGCCUAAGCCUGCUAUUAGGGAUUUUGAUAUUCUGUUUUUCAAUAAAUAUUCUUCAAACAUC